AUGGAUCCACUGCCAAAUCAGCCGCUCGUCGUCAAUCUCCCCUCGUUUCAGAUCCCUCAGGAGGCUUCAGCGCAGCCCAACGCUCCAGGCGAGGAUGGUCCGCAAGCACUUCGGCCCGCACAGUCGACUGCUCUUCCAACGAACAGCUGGUCUGACCAACCCCCAACCCAGGCCGGGAAUGCACGGGCCCGUGUCUACGUCGCAUGUGCUGCAUGCAGGUCUCGCAAGACAAAGUGCGAUGGUCUCAAGCCCGAAUACGCUCCGGGUCCUCCGUAUCAAGAGUAUCUACCGGAGAGCGAAAAGUACAAGCUUGCAAACGGCAUAUGUCUCUACGAUAGUCUGCCGAAGCGGCGCGGGCCCGACCGCCUGCCAGGGGCUCGUGUCAGGAAAAAGGCGUCCAAGAUUGACGAUUCUGGCGUCGAGCGCGUUGCUGCAGUUCGUAGACGCAAGACAGAUGAUGUAGAUCCGACGUCAGAUCCCACAUUUGAGUCCAGCAAGCCCGAGUCCUCCAAGCACCGUAGUCGGAGCAAUGCUCCCACGGCCAAGGACAACACCCCGCUCUCGCUCCUUGUUGAUGCUGCCAAUCGCCUUGAAGCCACGAGUAUAUCUGGCCCUAAUGAUCAGCCGACAAGGUUGACGACCUCGAGUCCCACUCGUGCCUCGCCAGAAGAUAUUCCAUCGUGGCUCACGGGCUCGACCGGUCUCUCUCCUCCCAUAAGUCAUCAGCGUCUCAGUAACCAGCCGUACAUCCUCCUUUCGAAGUCUUCCACUUCUAAUCCGGCGGCCCAGCAUGGUGACGACAUUCAUCACCCUCAUAACCCAUAUCGAUCUAUCCCGAUGCCCAUCCAGCCACAUGGGGACAUAACGCGAAUUGUUUCAGCCUCAGAUGACCCGAAUUCUUCGGUCACAGUAAGUUUUGCAGAGCCCUCGAUCUCGCGCAUUUCUCGCGGUAGGCAAGAUAGCUGGUCGCACCAGCAUCGCCCCCACACGGCAAAUGAAUACCCAGCGGCGAGUGUGCAAGCUAUUUCUUACGAGUACGUGCCAUCCUCGGGUGCUUAUAUCCAGUUGAUUGAUGAAAAUGAUCAAACGACAAACGACGAGCAUACGCUAACGCUCACCGAUGGACUCGCGGUCUCCAUCCCACCCGAGCCCAGCUCACAAUUUGUGCGGCGAUCCUGGUUUGACGGCCUUAUCGACUUUUAUGCCUCGUUUGAUGUGCCUAAUGCGCGCCCGUACUACUCAAUGACUACGGGCUUCCUCACUACAGACAUGCGAAACCAGGCGCAGGCGUCCAUUGUGUCCUCUGUACGCACCAUGUUCGCGCGCUCGUCCUGGUGGUUCUCUCUCAUUCACGUCCCGACGUUCUGGAGCAACUUUCAUCACCACCAACUUCAUGGAGAGAGUAACCUUCAGCCAGCGCUUGUCUGGUCUCUCCUCGCCAUCUCAACCUACUUGAACAGCAGUGAACUCGAAGGGGGUGCGUGGGGCAGAGAGCGGGCGAAUCGGUUGCGCGACGAGGCAGAGGCGUCGAUAGCGAGUAGUCUUGCCAUCGGGUGGGUGGACUUACAGCUCGCCCAGGCUGCAUGGCUGUUGGCCAUGUACGAAGCAUGCCCACAUCCUUACCAUACUCUCGCGCGAUGUCGUGAAGCGAUCAUGCGUCUCGAUAAUAUUCUUCGCCUGCUCAAGUAUUCGUCCCUCGACGCGGACAAUCCAAUGGUGACACGGUUUGAUAGCCGUGCGACGCCCAUCACGCAAAGACUCCAUGGCUGGCAAGACAUAGGAAUAGUCAGCAAUCAAGGGACGCUCCCUGGUUCGCACUCUACGAGGCCUACGCACCAUGAGCAUACGCUCAUUCCCAAAAUUUCGCACAUUUCUCGCCCUUCCUCUUCAUCGUAUCCUCAAAUUGUGGCCCGCGGUCAGCAAUAUACCACCAGCACGCCCAGCAGGCAUAGUUGCCACUGUCACGAUUUAGCGUUGGGCGAGACGGAACCAGGUGUCGCAAAGCUAACGCCUAUGUGGCACUACACGUCCAAAUGGCCGAACCAGCACGAUCCAGCAGAGAUUCAGAAAGAGGAAGCUCGACGAACCGUGUGGUCAUUUAUCACCCUUGCAUCUGCCUUUGGCAACCAUGCCGCGACACUCGGAGCGGACGAAGUACAUGUAAACCUUUGGUCCACAGCCGCAGAAAAUUUCGCCCUCCUCUUUCCGGGAGAAGCAACCUUCCAGGCGGAAUAUGACAGGUUUCAGCAUAGUCAAUUUGAUAUGAAAAACACCGUUUGGGCCCUGUACGCUCGUGCCCAACUCUUGUGGCUUGCGUGUCUCCGGAUGCGGCAAACUCCUGGCCCUGCGGACCUUAUUCCACUCCCGGGCACACAACCGGACGAGCUUAAUCUCUAUGCAUCCCCGGCGGGAAGUCCACGCGAGAUCACGGCCGGCGGUUCCUCGAGCGCGGACCUGACGGCAUUUGCGAUGCACGCGUGGAUGCAGACACAGGAGAUUGAAGACGCCCUCAACUCUCACACAUGCAACCUCGAGCGAGCGUUUAUUUUCCAUGGCCGUGAAUACUUGUCCAGGUACGGAAUCUUCCGCUUCCUGACGUCUCCGUUACGUGCCCUUUCCGACCUCGUGAGCGUCUUCCAACGCGUUACAGCUCCACAGAUUUGGGCAACCACGCGCUUUUCAACAGACAUCAAGCUGAUGACUGGCACAGAGGUAGUCCGCCGCAUGCUCUCUGGCCUGUCAAAUAUCACCGGAAACUCGAAAUCUGCGCUCGCUCAUAGGCCAUUCUUCGUCUUUUGGUUUGUCGUCCAUGUGUUAAAGUAA